AUGGAUGAAAAGUCGACUCUAUAUGAGGCUGCACGCAGCGGUAACCUGGACUUGGUCAAGACGCUCAUCGAAAAUGGUGCAGAUAUUAAGGAAAACAACGACCGGGGAUGGACACCUAUCAAUGCGGCAUCUGAUGACGGUCACAUCGAGGUGGUAAAGCUACUUCUUGAACAUGGAGCGGACGCCAACGCAAAAUCUGAUUCGGGCUGGACACCAGUACAUUCAGCCUCUGAUAGCGGCCAUGUCGAUAUAGUCAGACUUCUUCUUCAGCAUGGUGUGGACAUUACGAUUCCCAACGGAGAUGGAAGCACGCCUAUUGAUUCUGCUUCUGGAAAUGGUCAUACUGAAGUGGUGAAACUACUCCUGGAGCAUGGCGCGGACAUAACAAUCUUAGACGAGCGAGGCUGGCUGCCAAUUCAUGCUGCAUCAGCAGGCAAUCAUGCUGAUGUAGUCAAGAUUCUUCUGGAGAGCGGUGCCAACUUGACAAGUCAGACUCAAGAUGGAGAUACGCCGCUCGGCGUGGCUGCUUGUAAUGGUCACAUUGGACUUGUGAAUAUGUUUAUAGACCUUGGCGCGAGUACGACGAUCCAGGAUCAAGAAGGAUGGACACCUGUCAAUUUAGCUUCAAGCAACGGCCAUACCGAGGUAGUGAGCCUACUGCUAGCCAAGGAGGGCAAUGUGUCGCUUCCCACCAACGACGGGAGAACACCCACCUGGACAGCUGUGGCUGGUGGUUAUAUCGAUGUGGUCAAGCUACUUCACAAGCAUGAAGGCGAUUUCACGAGCCAAUCUGAUAGUGGUUUCACGCCUUUAUCCAUGGCCGCCUACGACGGGAAUACUGAACUGGUGAAAUUGUUCCUUGAAUGGGGAGCUGACCCUGCCAUUCCACAUAAUGAGGGAUCUGCUCCGCUAUACAGGGCUUCACUUAACGGUAAUGCGGAGGUGGUGCAGCUACUGCUCGAUCACGGAGCAGAUCUCGCCGUUCCCUACAAGGAUGGACGGACUCCUCUUCGCGUAGCCUGCAACUACGGCCAUACAGAGGUGGUAAAAGUACUGCUUGAAGGAGAUGCCGACCCUAACGUGAGAGUCAUAGACGGAAGCACUCCCUUGCUUCUCGCUUCGAUUGAUGGCUACAUGGAGGUGGCCAAGUUACUUCUCGACAAAGGCGCCGAUCCUAAUAUUCCGGGGCCUCAGGGAGUGACACCUCUGAUUAUGGCCGCGGGUGAGGGGUAUGUCGAGAUUGUGAGAGUACUUCUUCAUCGGGGUGCAGAUCUCGCUACAACUGAUGGUGAUGGGAGCACCGCACUACACUCUGCUUCGAGAAAGGGCCAUGCCGAGGUAGUUCGACUUCUUCUUGAAUACGGUGCAGAUAUGCGACAGGGAGACAAACGAGCGGAGAGUACGCCAUUACAUCUGGCCUCUUAUGGCGGAUUCGUUGAUGUUGUCAAGUUGCUUCUUGACAAGGGGGCAGAUUCCGCAGCCGUAGAUAACGAUGGAAGCACCCCGCUCCAUUAUGCUGCAAUUGGUGGAAAAGCAGAGACAGCCAAGCUUCUGUUAGAGUACUCGAAGGAUGACAUCGACGCCCGCGAUCUCUUUGGUCAUUUUGCGUCUGCAUGGUUCCGCGGUGGAUGCGAGGGACCAUUACGGCGCAACGCCUCUGUUAGUGCGGUAAGUAACGGCAAUGAAGAAGUUGUGAAACGACUGCUACCGCUGUCAGAAGUUGAUGUCAACUCUGAAGAUGCCCUGGGUCGAACGUUCCUUCGGUGGGCGUCGAGAAGUGGAAAACCGGGAAUUGUCCAGCUUAUUCGUGAGAAGGGUGGAAUAUCAGAUGAAGAUGAUCUCAACCUCAAGAUGGACAGUCUGUCGAUUGUGAAAGAUUUCCAACAUGGAUAUGAUUGGUUGUGUGAU